AUGUCAGAGAGAGAAGUUAAACAAAUUCACGAAGAUCAAGAAGCUGCAAAUGCGCCAGCUGGUUUAGCCCAAGAGAAUGCUCAGGUUGAAGAAACAGCAAAUGAAAAUGGUUCUGAGGACGUUUCAUCUGCUAAAAAAAGAGAUCCAGAAGAGGAUGUAACAAAGGCAGAUGAGCCAGAUAAGAAAAAGAAGAAAAAGAGAAGAACUUACGAUGACGAUGACGAUAAGGAAGAAAAAGAUGGUGAAGAGGUAAAGGGUAAGGAGGCUGCUAAGGAAAAGGACUCUGAAGGGAAAGAGAAAGUGGAUGCGGAUGAUGAUGAUGAAGAUGAAGAAGAUGAGGAAGCAGAAGUGGUUUUAGGUGAAGACGAUGAGGAUGAUGAUGAUGAUGAUGACGAAGAUGAUGACGAGGAGUAUGAUGAGUCUAGAGCCGAUGUUGGCGAGGAAGACGAUGAAGAGGAAGAUGAGUUGAAUGAAAUCGACCAAAGCAACAUUAUUUCUUCAGGAAGGCGUACCAGAGGCAAACAAAUUGAUUUCAAUGAAGCAGCUGAAAAGUUGGACAGGGAAAAUGGACUUUUGGAAGAAGAUGGUGAAGAGGAAAACUAA